AUGCAUGUAGAAUGGAAAUAUUGGUGUCGUCUGUGUGCUAGUGCUGAUGGGAAUGCAACAGUUGUGUUCAAGAAUAAGGAUCGUCUUCUGCCAGACAAAAUUUUUAAGUAUUUGUCUAUAUUGAUUGAGAAUCAAGAUGUGUUACCGCAGUCAGUAUGUGAAAGCUGUGUGAAAAAGAUUGGUUCAUUUGAUCGGUACGCAGAUCAGUGUCUUCGUGUACAAAGUAUGUUUAAAACUAUGAUUGAGGAAGCGGACGGCGCUGAUGCCAAAGCCGGCUUCGUUAGUCAAGAAUCCCCGAAUGAAAGUCAAGCUGUUUUGCCGUCCCACGAGUUGCAGGAAAGUGACAGCAAGGAAAAUAUAGCUGUUGAAAAUAAUCAGCAGCUCCCAGUGGAGAGCAGUACUGAAGUAUUACCAAAGAAACCAAAAUCUAAGCCUUUGCGCAAGAAAAAUGCUAAUAAGGCUCCCCUCCUAACCACUGCACAUUCAAAAAAAAAUACAAAGCACACAAAGAGAAAAGGAGAAAACGAUUUUCAGAGGAGAGUGAGUAUAAGACUGAAGAAUGUUACUCAAGCUCAAAAUGAAUUCUCUACAGUAAGUGAUAUUGAAGUGAAAGAAGAAGAUAGGCCUGCUGAUGAAGCAAAAAAGGAUGUAAUUACUGUCCCUAAAAAGAGAAGUCGAUCUGGAAAGACCCUUGUAGGUGCAGCUAAGAGGAAGGCAAAAGUACCUCGUGUGGUUAAACCAGAGUGCGCGAAGCUGUUGGAAGAGAAAGCUCCAGGCACAAAAAACACCAUACCAUCCAAUCCAUCCAGUAACGAAAUGAUCACUGAACCUGUGAAGGUAGAAGAAACAGAUGCCCCAGAGGAAAACAGCUGUCCAGGGACACCAUCUGCAGAACAAGAAGACAGAUCUGAAGUUGACAAGCCAGAUACAAGCUUUGAUGCCUUUGGUGAUAGACCAGAUGAUGAUAGUAGUGAUGAUGACAGAGAUGAUAAGACUGAUAAAGAAAAAACUGAUCAAGAGAAAACACCUACAUUCAGGUGGGAGUGCCACGUGUGCCACGAAGUGCUUGCCAACUGGAAUUCACUUGCUGUCCACUGCCGUCAGGUGCAUGAUGUGCAGGCACAAGUCGUCUGUAUUUGUUCCCAAGUGUUAUCAAAUCGAGGUUCAAUCAUAAAGCACAGGCAGCUUCACACUGAUUCUUUUCAGUACAGAUGUGAUAAGUGUGACAAAGCAUUCUCCCGCAAGUCACUGUAUGACCUACAUGUCUUAUCACACGUGCCAAAGGAGCAACAACCAUUUGUAUGUUGUAAGUGUGCCCGUCGUUUCCACUGUGAGGCACUACUGAGGCACCAUGAGCGAGUUCACCUACCUCGGGAAGAGAGGCUCAUCUACCCAUGUAGUGUCUGCAACAAAAAGUUCAGCAGCAGGUCUAAUGUAUCUUCCCAUUUAAAAGCUGUUCACUUUGGCGAGAGGCCAUUUGUGUGUGAACAGUGUGGUCACAGUUUCACAUCAAAAGGGAUUCUGCAGGAACAUUUAACAAUCCACAGUGAUGAAACACCAUUUCGGUGUACGAAGUGCAAAAAGAGCUUCAAAACAAAAUACCGACUAAAAAUUCACAUGGAUACACAUCGUGAAACACCGUACCAAUGUCCCAUGUGUCCUCACCAGUUAUCGACACGUCGCACAUUACGUACACAUCUGCUUAUUCAUAAGGAUAUCAGAGCUUAUCAGUGUGCUACAUGUGGCAAAGCCUUCAGACGCCCAAAGGAUCUCAAGAACCACCAUAAUCUUCACACUGGACUAAGGCCGUAUACGUGUAUGUUUUGCCCCAGAACAUUUGCAAAUGGUUCCAACUGUCGUGCACACAAAAGAAAAAUGCAUCCGGAAGAACUGAGAGUAUACGAAGAAUCACUGGCUGCGGCAGCAGCUGCUGCUGAGGAUGAUGGUUCUGGAACCAGUGAAGCCACCACACAGACUCCAGGUGCAACAACACCUGCUCCUCCUACAUUAAUCUCAUCAGAGAGUGCCAUGGUGAAUUCAGAAACACUGUCAGGGCUGAAUGCAAAUCCUGUGUUACAGAAUUCUUCAUCCGGAAGGCCGCAGGCUGGUAACAUCAUUGUUUCAGUGCCCUCUUCAGAGUAUGGGAGGCCAGCUGUCUUUGAAACAAAUGCUAUCGUUAGUUCCUGUGUCAAACCGUCAACUGUUAACAGUGUUCCCCAUUUGUUGCCUCAUCAGAGUGUGAUUCCUACCUCAAAUUCAGAUUAUGGUAUCUCUUCUACUGGCAUGAGCAAUGCGAGCCAUGUAGCAGUGGGACCUGUAAUUUCACAUACUGACCAUAGUGUAAACACAAUAACACCCAUGAUGGCUCUUUCAGCAGCAUCUAUGGUAAGGGUCAAUGAUUCUUGCAGAAACCCUAAUCAAAUUCCAAGAAACGAACAUAUGUCAGCUGUCGAAGAUGGCUCUGCAGACAGAAACAUGUCAACUGUGAACCCCAACCUCACAAGACGUGGCAUGACUGCAGUAGACAUACUGAAUUCGCAUGGCCUUACUACCAUAACUCCUCUGAAUCUAAAUGUGUCUGAAGUGCAUGCCAAUCGUUCACAGCAUAUUCCAGAAUCUCCGUCAGUGACUGAUGAAGAAGCGAGUUACCUUACAGGAACAAGGAGGACGGAUUCUUUUGCAAAUUCCCGGCACCAUCUGCAAAAUUUGAAUCCAAAUAUUCAGAUCCAUCAUCAGGAACAACAUCACGGCCUGGGACAUGUUGGUCGCGCUCUUCCUGAACCUGCAGCACUGAGCAGAAUGCAACAUACUCAACACUCUGGUGCUGUUUCCAUGGACUCUGUGGCCCCUUUGCAGGUACAAGGAUAUUCAACACUCAAUCAUUUGUAUCAUCAUGGUGAUGCAAUGCCUUCAGCUGUAGCCGCUGCAAUUGCACACAGCGGCACUGUUGCCGUGCCAGCUUUCCCAGGGAAUCCUUAUGUCCAUCAUAACAUAGGGUAUGCAAGGAGUGGAAAUAUGUAAAUCAUAAACACUAUGCCUGUGUGAUUCUAGUGUAGAAAAUUAGCUUAACAAAGACAGUGUGGUUUCCUGUGAGUUGUGUGUUCCUUCAUGUGGGCUUAUGUUGUAAUAGAGAUGUAUUUUUUGCCCAAACAUUUUUAAUAACCACCUUUUGGUGGAGAUUUGUGCAUUGUAAAAUCAGCUCAGUCAUGUUUCACCUAUAUAUGUAAUCUCUUUGUUAUUAAGCAUUUUCAUCUCCAUCCAUAUCAUCAUCAUCAUUAUCAUCAUCAUCAUAAUUGUCCUCCUAAA